UCACCUGACCGGCUCCGGGCGGGGGAGAGAGGAGGGCGAGGCGCCGCGCUCACGUGACCGUCACCUGGAGGCGCUGCGGAGGACUGGGCAGUUCCGCUCCAGGCCGGAGAGGCGCGCCUUCGCCGGGCGAGCGGACUACGCGAGACCGAGGCUUUGAGGCCUAGGGAGGAGGGAGCCAGGUUCGGGCUCCGGCUCCGUGGCUCCUGCUGCUGCCUCCUUCCUCUCUUCUCCGCCGUUGCCGGGCCGGUUCAGAGCCAGAGGUGUGGGAUGCCGAACACAGCCAUGAAGAAGAAGGUGCUGCUGAUGGGGAAAAGUGGGUCUGGCAAGACCAGCAUGAGGUCCAUUAUUUUCGCAAACUACAUCGCACGGGACACGCGGCGCCUCGGAGCUACAAUUGAUGUGGAACACUCACACGUUCGAUUUCUGGGCAACCUGGUGUUAAACCUAUGGGACUGUGGUGGGCAGGACACCUUCAUGGAGAACUACUUCACCAGCCAGCGGGACAACAUCUUCCGCAACGUGGAGGUCCUGAUCUACGUUUUCGAUGUGGAAAGCAGGGAGUUGGAGAAGGACAUGCACUACUACCAGUCUUGCUUGGAGGCCAUCCUACAGAACUCCUCCGAUGCCAAGAUCUUCUGCCUCGUGCACAAGAUGGAUUUGGUGCAGGAGGACCAGCGCGACCUGAUUUUCAAAGAGCGGGAGGAAGACCUGAAGCGCCUGUCCCGCCCGCUGGAGUGUGCCUGCUUUAGGACAUCCAUUUGGGACGAAACACUCUACAAGGCUUGGUCCAGCAUAGUCUACCAACUGAUUCCCAAUGUCCAGCAGCUGGAGAUGAACCUCAGGAACUUUGCCCAGAUCAUCGAAGCUGAUGAAGUUCUUCUCUUCGAAAGAGCCACUUUCCUGGUCAUUUCCCACUAUCAGUGUAAAGAGCAGCGCGAUAUCCACAGAUUUGAGAAAAUCAGCAACAUCAUUAAACAAUUCAAGCUGAGCUGCAGUAAGUUAGCUGCAUCGUUCCAGAGCAUGGAGGUCAGAAAUUCCAACUUUGCCGCCUUCAUCGACAUCUUUACAUCGAACACUUACGUAAUGGUUGUCAUGUCGGAUCCUUCCAUACCUUCUGCAGCAACACUGAUCAACAUCCGCAACGCCAGGAAGCAUUUUGAGAAGCUGGAGAGAGUGGACGGCCCAAAGCACAGCCUGCUUGUGCGCUGAGCCCCUUCUGGGGCCGAAGGAACUGCUCUUGAUUCUGGGGAGGGUCUCUCUCCCUCAUACACGGUGGGUGUCUGUUUUGUGGGCUUUGAAAUGCGUGUGCUGCUUUCCCACCACAAUCUUGCUCUUUUUUCCUCCUGGCGUCAGAUGCCAAUCCGCCGGGAGACAUCGGGAAACGCUGCGGACCUUCUGGAACUGCUUCCGGCAGCAACUGGGGAGGGUCUGUGCCCCAGCCUGAUCUCACAGACAGCAAAGCCUUUUUCCUGAGGUCCCACUCUAUUCCACACGAUGAAAUACGACAAAGAUGGGAUAUUUACUAUUUUAUCAACACAUGACUAGAAUACCUUUAUAAAGCUACUUCUUCUCUUCAAUCAUGACAAUAAAUUUUGUUACCGGGGA